CCUGUAACGCAGCUGAGAGGGUAAAGCGCGGUACAAAAAGUUGAUCACUUUGUGCCAAUGAAGGCUGCACCGUACUUUUUGAAGCGCACUAUUGCAUCAUCCAGAGUCCGAAGCGAAACCUUCUUUCGAGCGUACGGCAUCAUGAGCAAUGCCAGCUACGGCGCUUUCCCGCGUCCGACGGACGAGCGGGCGCAGGUCGUUGCUCAACGGAUACAAGGAGUGCGCGAAAGGGUCAAACUUGCAGCUGCAAGGAGCAAGGAGAUUGGUGGGUCGGGAAAGGAGCCGCGGCUUGUCGCGGUUUCCAAGCUCCACCCUCCUUCUGCGAUCAUGGCAGCAUAUGUGGAGGCGAAGCAAGUACAUUUUGGUGAAAACUACGUACAAGAACUUGUCGAAAAGGCCAAAGUGCUGCCAGCCGAGCUGAGAUGGCAUUUCGUCGGUGGUCUACAAAGCAACAAAGGCAAGGCACUCGCCGCGAUUCCGAAUCUGUAUCUGCUGGAGACGCUAGACUCCGUGAAAGCAGCAAAUGUGCUGGAGAAGGCGCUGGCAGCACAUGACAAUGAUCGCAAAGAGCCAUUGCGCGUAUAUAUUCAAGUCAACACCAGCGGUGAAGCAGCAAAAAGCGGAGUGCAGCCGUUGUUGAGCGAAGCCGACCUUGCAAAGCCAGAGCACCCUCUCAUCGCACUAGCGCGGCAUGUCAUCGCUACGUGUCCGCACAUUCUUUUCCUUGGGCUCAUGACCAUCGGAGCAGCAUCCAAUAGUGCCAGCGCUGACUCAUCCAAAGCAGCGAGCGGCCGCGAAGAGAUCAUCAAAGCGAAUCCGGACUUCGAGCGGCUAAUCACGAGCCGGCGACUGCUGGUCAAGGCCCUGCGCUCGGAUCAGGACCUCGGCAAGGCUGUGGAGGCGAAUACUGCUGCGAAAUCUGUGGUGCUCGAAUUUUACAAGACCAGGUUACUGGGAGGUGGCGAGCGGGAAGGAGGACUAGAAUUGAGCAUGGGCAUGAGUGCAGAUCUUGAAACCGCCACUAUGGCAGGCAGCGAUAAUGUGCGUGUGGGGAGCGAUUGCUUCGGCCAGCGCGCACAGACACGAGACGAAGCGAUGAGAGCAAUGGAACACGAACUCAAACAAUAGAUGCAAUUUUUGACCCCUUGUCAUGAGCUGC